UUCCCUGCGGAAAUCCAAAAAAGGGGUCAGAACCGCAGCCCUGCCGCCCUCGGGGAAGCGGGAAAUCCCGCUCCCGUGGGACUUUCGGAGCCAGCAGUUAGAAACACCAAACCAAACCAUUUCCGAGGCAGAAAGCAAUCGUCACGGUGCAGAUAAGACAGUGCCAAGAGCAGCCUCGGGCUGUUAUACUACCCUCACCCAGCGCUGCUGAUCAGUUCUCUCUAAAUGUCGUGUUUUUAAACCGUGAAAACAUGGAAAUGCAGAGUAAUGAAGCCAGAAGAGCACGACGAUGUUAAAACACCAGCUUGACACCUCAUGCCCUCAUCGUUAUAGAGCCCUGGACACCACCAAGGACCCCUGCCAGAAGGUGAAGUGCAGCCGGCACAAGGUGUGUGUGGCGCAGGGCUACCAGCGCGCCAUGUGCAUCAGCCGCAAGAAGCUGGAGCACAGGAUCAAGCUGCCGGGCGCCAAGGGCCACGGGGGCUGCAAGCCCUGCCAUGCCGCCCCGCUCGCCGCUGUCUGCGGCUCUGACGGCCACACUUACAGCUCGGCGUGCAAGCUGGAGCAGCAGGCGUGCCUGGCCAGCAAGCAGCUGACGGUGCGGUGCGAGGGGCAGUGCCCCUGCCCAACCCCGCACGCUCCCACCGGCGAUGGCAAGCAAGGUGAGUGGGACAGGGGACACCAGGGGGGUCCGUGCACCGGGCAGGACCUGGCCGACCUGGGUGACCGCCUGCGCGACUGGUUCCAGCUCCUGCGGGAGAAUGCCAAGCAGAACGGCUCCGGCGGCCUCCCCGCCAGCCCUGCCACCGCGCUGGAGAGGAGCGUGGCGGCCAGCUGCAAGGAGGCAGUGGGGUGGAUGUUCGCCCGGCUGGACACCAGCGGGGAUCUGUUCCUGGAGGCGGCCGAGCUGGCCGCCAUCAACCUGGAUAAGUACGAAGUUUGCAUCCGCUCCUUCUUCAACUCCUGCGACACCUCCAGGGACGGCCGCGUCUCCGCGCCCGAGUGGUGCUUCUGCUUCUGGAGGGAAAAGCCGCCCUGCCUCAGGGAGCUGGAGAAGAUUCAGAUCCAAGAAGCAGCCAAAAUGAAGCCGGGCACCUUCAUCCCCAGCUGCGAUGAGGACGGGUACUACCGGCGGGCGCAGUGCGAGCCAGGCGGCGGGGAGUGCUGGUGCGUGGACCAGCACGGGGCCGAGCUGACGGGCACCCGCGGCCACGGCAGCCCCGACUGCGAGGAGGCGGCAGGGUUUUCGGGCGACUUUGGGAGCAGCGUGGGCUGGGAGGACGAGGAGGAGAAGGAGCCAGAAGAGGCGGGCGAGGAAGGCGAGGAAGAGGAGGGUGAAGCAGGCGAGGGCGACGACGGCGGCUACAUCUGGUAGAGGAGCAGGAAAGCCCGGCGAGCGGCACGGCCGGGUGGCAGCCCCCCAACCGGGGGUCCCUGUGACCCCCCCACUGCCGGAGGGGCAUGGGGUGGGUGUGUGUCCCCCAUCCCGGCCCCGUGUGGGACGGGGUGUCGGGGGGCUCGCCCGAGGAGGGGUGAGCAGGGUGGGGGGCCCACACUUGUGCGAAUUUGAGCUUUUUUUUGUUGUUUUGGGGUAGAGCCCCGUAGGCCUAGUGUGCUGCGGCGUGGUCUUCAACCGGGCAGGCGGAGCUAAUAAAAGUGGGAAAAACAUUAAAAACAAAGAAAACCCCAUAGAGAA